GACGAGACGCCAGCAUCAUCUGUCACGUGAUUGGUGUGUUGUGCUACGUGUACGACGUGUAAGCCAAGUUCUCUAGCGAAAGUACCGUAAUUUCUUUGAAAGUUGGCCACUCAAUCGACGUGACAUCUUGAGAGAGUGUUGUUUGUUAAAUAUCGAAACUGUAGUUUAGAGUUUAAGAGCAUUUAGUAAACCCAUCAAGAUGGGAAUUAAAUUUCUGGAGGUGAUCAAGCCGUUUUGCAGUAUUCUGCCUGAAAUAGCGAAGCCAGAAAGAAAAAUUCAAUUCAGGGAGAAGGUACUAUGGACCGCAAUAACUCUAUUCAUCUUCUUAGUUUGCUGCCAGAUCCCUCUAUUUGGUAUAAUGAGUUCAGAUUCUGCAGAUCCCUUCUACUGGAUUCGAGUAAUUCUAGCAUCGAAUAGAGGUACUCUUAUGGAAUUGGGCAUAUCUCCAAUCGUGACAUCUGGAUUAAUAAUGCAACUUUUGGCUGGAGCCAAAAUUAUAGAAGUAGGCGACACUCCUAAAGACAGGGCUCUGUUUAAUGGUGCACAAAAAUUGUUUGGUAUGGUUAUCACUGUCGGUCAAGCGAUCGUUUAUGUAAUGACCGGCAUGUAUGGAGACCCUGCAGAAAUCGGAGCGGGAGUCUGUCUUCUGAUCAUCAUCCAGCUCUUUGUGGCCGGUCUCAUAGUGCUGCUGCUAGACGAACUUCUUCAAAAAGGCUACGGGCUCGGUUCGGGAAUUUCCCUCUUUAUCGCCACUAACAUCUGCGAGACCAUCAUUUGGAAGGCUUUCUCUCCAGCAACUGUCAACACUGGACGCGGAACCGAGUUCGAGGGAGCAGUCAUCGCUCUUUUCCACUUGCUUACCACCCGACAGGACAAAAUCAGAGGACUCAGGGAGGCGUUUUACCGUCAAAAUCUACCCAAUCUGAUGAAUCUUCUAGCUACAGUCUUUGUAUUUGCUAUAGUGAUAUACUUCCAGGGAUUCAGAGUAGAUUUACCCAUCAAGAGUGCUAGGUACCGUGGCCAGUACUCGAGCUACCCCAUCAAACUGUUCUACACCUCAAACAUCCCCAUCAUCCUGCAAUCUGCGCUUGUCUCUAACCUGUACGUGAUCUCGCAGAUGUUGGCCGUCAAGUUCCAGGGCAACUUUCUAAUCAACCUGCUGGGUGUGUGGGCAGAUGUGGGCGGCGGAGGCCCCGCUCGCUCCUACCCCAUUGGCGGCCUGUGCUACUAUUUGUCGCCCCCAGAGAGUGUCAGCCACAUCCUGGAAGACCCUGUGCAUGCCCUACUUUACAUUGUCUUCAUGCUGGGCUCGUGCGCAUUCUUCUCCAAGACGUGGAUCGAAGUGUCUGGCAGCUCUGCCAAGGACGUGGCGAAGCAACUGAAGGAGCAGCAGAUGGUGAUGCGUGGACACAGAGACAACUCCAUGAUCCACGAGCUGAACAGGUACAUCCCGACAGCGGCUGCGUUCGGAGGCCUCUGUAUUGGUGCUCUCUCUGUUCUCGCAGACUUCAUGGGGGCCAUCGGGUCCGGCACGGGAAUCCUCCUCGCCGUCACCAUCAUCUACCAGUACUUCGAGAUCUUUGUCAAGGAGCAGAGCGAGAUGGGCGGCAUGGGCGCUCUCCUCUUCUAAUCAGGCUUCUCGACUGAUUCGUGAUUGCUGUAGUCGAGCAAAGAUUCACUGUCGUCGGGGUGGGGUUUUGUUUGUUUGUUUCUCAUGUUGACAGAGAGAACAAUUUUUUGUAGUUUUAAACAAAUUGGAUUGAGCUAAUAGUGCAGAAAGAGGGGGAGAGAACUAUAAUGUAUAUAAAUUGAAAGAAAAACAAAAGUGAGCAGCGAGCGAGAAGGAAAUAAUAGGUUCUUCAUCUACUUUUUUGGGGGAGAAUUUUUAUUUUCAACAAUUUGAAAAAAAAUAAAAUUGUAAUGGAGAAUCCCAGCCCUCCCAAGACUGAUGAAAAAUUCUGAUUUCCUAAAUAAAAAUGACUUUUUCAAUAGAAAAAAAGUAUUCAAAAUUGAAACAUUCUAAUCAAUUUCUUUCUGCUCUCUUAUGUUUCAUUUUUAUUUAUAUUCCCGUUGAUUAUUUUUUUCAAUAUUUUCUUCCAAUACUUUAUUGCAUUAUAAUUUCAUUUUAGAAGGGGUUUGAGUUUCAAACUGAAAUAAUCACAUUCUUUUUGUUAAUUGUUGAGUAUGUCUAAAGAGAUUAGACAGGAUUUCAUUCCCGAUCAGAUUAAUGUUUUGUUUCAAUUGCUCGGAACAAGUUUUUCGCUUUGUACAAAGUGAGACAGACAUUUUUGUAAUUAUUGAUCGAAAAGUAAAUAAUUUUUUUCACUGUACAUUAGAAUGCGUUGCGUUGAAAGGACAAAAGAUAUUUAUAUUGUGUGGAUGUCCAUGCCGUUUCUAGUUAUUAGUUCUAUUUUUACUCAUUUCAUUCACCAUCAUUCAGUACAGUCGUGUAUUGCUCAUAUAUUAUUUGUUGUUAGAUAUAAUUUAUUUUAAAUACAGGAAUAUUUCUCAAUAAUU